UUGACCAGCCCUUAAAGAACUUCAUGGUGCGGACCAACGCCAGAAGACACAAUGUCGGUCAAGAGCAAAAAGACGGAGAUGACGCCCGGGAAAGCGGCGCCAAGCGAGGGCAAUGCCAACAGCAAGUCAAAGUCUAGCGACAAGGGCAAAGGAAAAGCAAGCUCGACAAUCUCAGUCAGCGACGCAGAGAAGGCGAUGGCUAAAAAGGCAAAAUCAGAAAGGGCUUCAUCAAAUGAAAUUGCCCCAGCGUCGUCAUUAGCCGUAAAAAAGUCUCGUGUCGUCUCGGGAUCGUCCCGUAUCUUUGUGCCGUUUCGCGCCCUGGGAUUCAUCAGCAACGGUGUGCCGUUCGCGCUGCAAGUCCGUCACGGCGGCAAAGAUGCAACUACUCCAGAUAUCAACAUCAUCACCUGCCUGGAGGGAUCAUCCUCUUCUUCUUCCAGCUUAUCAUCAUCUUCAUCCAACGCUCGCAAGCAGCAAGGCUCUGGUGACACAUGGGCCAUGUGGGACGCGAUGCACAUGCGGCUGCUUUUUGUCGGUCCACCCGCGCCAGCUACGCACGAUGGAGGAGGCAAGAUUGUCGCCAUGGCGACGAGCACGAGCCCCGAUAGCUUACUCGUCUGCUAUGCCGGAGGCAGCAUUAGGCGCUUCGUGCGCGCGCGGGAGGUCGCCAGGUACGACACGUGGUUGCGUAAGGAUCAAAGGCAACGGAAGCUGCCGCGGACGGCGGACAACAACGGAGGCAAGGGAGCCUCGUCUUCGUCAGGUUCUUCCUCAAACAGCGAAGCGGAAGAUGAGAGCAGCAGCGAUGAUGAGAUGAACGAUGGAGAGGCGCAGGGAGGAGGACGCAACCUGCUGUACCCGGACGACGAUAUUCCCCACUCUCCCACCAAGUUGGCUCGCAUGAUCGUCUUUGGCGACACCAUCUGCGCGCUUUCAGCUGAUGGAAGCGCUCUUUUUGUCUGGAAUCUCUUGACAACCCAGCUUUUGCGACGCGUCAACCUAUCCGCCUCGUCAAUCCCCUUGCCCUCUGCGAGCAAGAGUCGGUCGGACGACCCAUUCGUCAUCAAUAAUGCAGACCGAACCGCCACGGCGAUCUUGCACCCCGCCACCUACCUAAACAAGGUUUUGCUCGGCUUCUCAGACGGUAGUCUGCAGCUUUGGAAUAUCCGGACCGGUCAGCUCAUUCAUCACUUUGACGGCCGAUCUAAUCUCUACACGCAUGCCGAUCAUUCGCAUCAACACACUCCCGGCGACGCUCCGAUUGGACCAGGGACGCAAGUCGUUGCACUCGUGCAAAGUCCCGCUAUCGAUAUCAUCGGCAUUGGUUUUGCUAGCGGGCAUGUGCUCUUGCAUGAUGUUCGUCUCGAUGAGCCAGUAUUUCGAAUGAAGAUCGCGGCUGCAGAAGGCAAGCAAGACUUGCAGAAUGGCCACGUCAGCCUUGUAGGAGGCGUUCUCAGUCGCGAUGCGAUCAGCUUUAGGACAGAUGGAAACCAGCACAGCAUCGCUGUAGGCGGUACGAGCGGCAACAUCAGCAUCUUUUCGCUUGACUCUUCUGUGGACACGGCAGGCCAAGAUCAAGCCGAUUCCGCUAGCGAGCAGCAGAAUAAAGUCCGUGCACGACCCGCGCGACUUGCGCACGUCAUCCGCGCUGCGCACGACGCGCCUAUCGGUGGGCUGCAGUUUGUGCCCGGACAAGCGCUCCUGAUUAGCUCGUCUGCGGACAACUCGUACAAACAAUGGUUCUUCGAUGACGCUGAUGCCAUCGAGUCAAAUGCGCCUGGCUCACUUGCUGCUGGCUCUGUGAACGGAAGUGCAGGCGUGCCUCCGCGCUUGCUCCGAAGCAGGAGUGGCCACCAUGCGCCUCCGCAUCUGGUCAGACACUAUGGUGAUGACGGCAAGAACAUCCUUACUGCGAGUAGGGACAGAAGCCUGCGCUGCCUGAGCGUUGUGCGGGACAGCAGGAGCUUUGAGCUGAGUCAAGGCUCGCUUGCGAAAAAAUCUGCGCAGCUCUCCGUAGAUAUCACCUCUCUCAAGCUGCCCCCUAUGACGUCCCUCGCGUUCAGCAUGACACGGUCCCGUGACUGGGACGACGUGAUCACGACGCACGCUGGGAUACAGCAUGCGCGCACGUGGACCGUAAGAGACAAGCGUAUGAGCAAGCACGCAUUGGCUGCUGUGCCAGACAAAACUGCCGCAGCUGCGGAGGCACGUGUGGGCUGCGUGACAGCAUGCGGAAACUUUGGCCUGGUUGGCACCAGCCUUGGUAAGGUGGAGUGCUACAAUAUGCAAAGUGGGAUCCAUCGUAGAACAUACGACACGCGUGCAAUCGAUGGGGCGGCUUUGCAGAGAGCGAGAAUGCUACCGCCUGGCAAGAAGCGUGCUGCCGCUGAGGAGGCUGCACGAAUUGGAAGAGGCAACAGAGUCACUGGAGUAGCGAGCGACGCAAGAAACCGCAUCUGCGUAGCCGCUACUCUCGAAGGGACCCUGCACUUUUUCGACUUUUACACCACCGAUCUGAUCGCUACUCUUCCACUGGAGAGCUCCCCUUCGACUGUCUACCUACACCAAGAUUCUAAUCUGCUGGCCGUUGCUUGCGAUGACCUGACAGUCCUGCUUGUGGACAUCGAAACACGCAGGGUGGUACGUGAGUUCUCUGGCUUCAGGGGACGCGUUCUCGAUCUCUGCAUUUCUUCCGAUGCGCGCUGGCUCAUUACGACCUCGAUGGACAGCGUCGUUCGCACGUUCGACAUCCCCACUGCGACUCUCGUCGACACAUUCAAGACGCCGAGCGUCGCCACGAGUCUGAGCAUGUCACCUUCACUGGACUUCCUCGCUACAGCCCAUGUUGACAGCAUCGGGGUGUACCUGUGGGCCAACAAAGCACAAUUCUCGUCUGUUGCCCUCCGUGGGCUGGACGAGCUAGCAGAAGUAGCGGAUGGUGACGCAGAAGGGGUUGUGUCUAUGCCUUCGCUUCAAGGAGACAGCGGUGCGCAAGAGCUGGUCGCCGACGAGGAAGCUGAAGGGGUAGACGUCAUGCAAAUCUACACUUCGCCACCGCAGCUGUUCGCAGAUCAAAACAACAGAUCCACUGAAGGGGCGCUGACCACGCUCAGUACCAUGCCACGCUCUCGCUGGCUUACAUUGAUCAAUCUGGACAUCAUCAAGAAGAGAGACAAACCCGUCGAGCCGCCUAAGCAGCCCGAGAAGGCUCCAUUCUUCCUCCCUCAAGUGGCUGGCACUACCUUCGAAUUCGAUACAAAUGCGAAGCAACCUGCGGCCAACAAGAAGGGUAAAGAGGGUGCAAGGCUGCUGUCUGGGGCCGAUCUCAGCUUCGAGAGCGACUUUGUCAAACGGCUUCAAAAGGCCAACCAAGCCAAUGAUGCCUCCUCUUUCUUCUACUACGUACACGCUCUCACACCGCCGGCCCUCGAUGCUGAGAUACGCUCGCUUGCAAGCUUUGACGAUCUGCGCCUCUUUAUCGAUGUGAUGACACUUCGACUGCAGGCGCACCUCGACUUCGAAGCUGUGCAAGCGAUGCUCCGGGUCUUCUUGCAGAUCCACUCCGAUCUUCUGAUCGCCAAUGGAGUCACCCUCGCGACCCAGGAGCUGAGUGGUGACACUCCCAUGGGCACUGACGGGGACGAUGUGAACGAGUCCAGCGAAGAGGCGACAGCUCUUCGUCAUUCGAUUCGUGCACUCAUCGUGCAACAGCACCUCGAGAGCGCCCGGGUGUUGGACCUGCUUGACUUCAAUCUCGGAACCUUGAGUUUCGUGCGCGACAUCCCUCUUGUAUGAUUUCUCUGAGGAAUCAGCUUUUCUUCCAUUGCCAAUUCGUAUAUACUGGAUCAAGAGUGAAGAUCUUUGAGCG